UCGAUGGAAGGGUGAGUGAACCAUCUCAUUGUUAUUUAUUGCAUUUGCCUCGAAUAUUACGUUAAUUAGCCGUUUUAGUGGUAACGGGAGUGCAAUAACAUAGAUCGGGACAGCCAUGCCGAUUUGAAUAAUCCUCGGGAUCGAGGUGUGGCAUUGCCAAGUAUUUCAGUGCAACAGUGUUCAGUGAUUUGGUGAAAAAAUAUUCUGCCUAUCUCGCAAGAUGACCGAGUACAAGUUGGUGGUGGUAGGCGCCGGAGGCGUGGGUAAAUCCGCAUUGACUAUACAACUGAUACAGAACCAUUUUGUGGACGAAUACGACCCUACGAUAGAGGAUUCGUAUAGAAAGCAGGUGGUGAUUGAUGGUGAAACGUGUUUGCUGGAUAUUUUGGAUACGGCGGGGCAGGAGGAGUACUCGGCGAUGAGGGAUCAGUAUAUGCGCACGGGGGAGGGAUUCCUCUUGGUGUUCGCGGUGAACAGUGCAAAAAGUUUCGAGGACAUUGGAACGUACCGCGAGCAGAUCAAACGCGUCAAGGACGCCGAGGAGGUGCCCAUGGUGCUGGUGGGCAACAAGUGCGACCUACAGGCGUGGGCCGUUGACAUGAACCAGGCCAGAGAGGUAGCGCGAAGUUACGGCGUCCCGUUCGUAGAGACGUCAGCAAAGACGCGCAUGGGCGUAGACGACGCGUUCUACACGCUCGUGCGAGAGAUCCGUAAAGACAAGGAGAGCCGCGGCAAAAAAUUCAGGAACCGCAACAAGCUCGGUACAAGUCGCCGGUUCAAAUGCACGCUUUUGUAAAUUCAUUACUGGGGUUCACAAGAGCGUGCAGCUAUGUGGUAACUUUAGAUUGCUUGACCGUUUAACAGACUGUUAUUGGAGGAAUGUUGAAGAAGUAUGAAGAUUGAUAUUUAAUCCUUUUAUUAUUAUAGGUGUUCCAUCUUGUGAAGUACAAAAUUACACUUGAAAUUAUAAUCUUCAUUAAUAGUCGGCUGGCAAAUAUAACUGAACUAGACAUAUGGGGACACUGGACAAAUAAUUGGUCCAGUUUGGACCAUGUCAUACUGGUUAACUGGUAUCAGCCUGCGUCAUCCUUUCUCUAGCUACCUAAAACUUUCACAUAAUAGUCAAUCAAUGUAAAAUACUCCCAAUAACAGUCUCUGUUAAGUUGUCAAGGUGGAAAUUCUUAGCUGGUAUUCUAAAAAUGCAGCAUAUCACAAUAAAAGUACUAUGUUACGUUUUACCAUACCAGCGCCGUCUAGCCUUGUAAGUAAUUAGCAUAACUUGAAACUACUGUUAUCAACUUUUUUGUAAUUUCAACUUCACAUUGCAAAAUUUAACUGCAAUUUUUAACAUAAGCUUAAAUGCCAUUGAGCGUUUAGUAUUACUAAUAAAGGUAUGACCACAUCUAGCGGCGGUGUUAAAUAAGCGGAUCAUGAAAACACAGAAGAACUAAAUGAUAUUAUUACAUCUCUAGAUGCCCGAAUGAAUCGGGCAUACUGGUUUGCGACUGUGACCGUUUAGUGUCGAUAAAUGUGGUAUAUACCAUAGGUAGAAUCAUUUUUGAUGGACAGUGAUAUUAGAAACAUCUAGUACAAUGAAAGGGUAAAGUUAAAAGGGUCUAUCAAUGACUCGCAUCAAGUACGGAUUUUGACUCGGCGCCUCCAAAAAGAGGUCGCUAUAGCGAUGGGCGCAAUGCCUUUUUUAUAUUGCGCCCUAGUCACGUUAAGGCCACUUGCCUUUUAUAUAAAAGUAGGUAGACAUUUCUAUAAAAUAGAAACCUUUAUAGAAAUAAGGGUGAUAUUAUUUUCUUUUUUAUAAUUCUCAAUGCACUUUUAUUGUCAAGGUAACUCGAAUGAGUGAAUUCGGGAUAUUAGACUCAAACCCCACUCAGAACGCGUCAGCACUACGCUUAUACAAACAACCGGUAUUGUAUGUAAAUUAGAAAAUCAUUUGCACCACACGAAAUUAUCGAAGCGGUUGGAAGAAGGGCUCCUUGUGAAAGAGUUCGUCCAGGGAAGUACUGCCACCUUAUCUAUUUCUGCCGCCAAGCAGUAAUGUCAGCAUUACUGUGUUCCGGUUUAGAAUGGUAAAGGUGC